AUGGAGAAAUCUGAAAUACGACUGCAGCGCAUGUCAAAUGAAUAUCAGUCGCAAUCGAGCUAUAUGUAUUUGCGUACCAAGAUGCUGUUAAAAAUUGAAAAUACCCUACUUCGAAGCCAUCGUCAGCGUGAGACCACUGGAAUCAAGAAACUAUACAAUUCGUUUUUUGUAUUGUUUUAAUUUGCCCCCCCUUGGCCCUGUACCCCCGUACUUUUCCCCAAAAAAAGGCGCCCCAAUUUAAGAACACAAAACACGCACAACGCAACAAUUCCAAUUCCAAAAUCACAAAAAUUAAUUGUGAGCCAACUUAGAAAAAACAAAAAAAAGUGUAAAGCAAGUUAUUAAUGUUAAAAUAUAUAUAUGAAUAAACUAGAGAUAUUUUUUGGUUGUUAGUAGAACUCCCGACAAGUGCAUCGUAUAUAUAUAUAUUCUUGAUCCGAGUACUGAACUUCUAACAAGUGUGUGUGUCAUAGGCAUUUUGGAUAAAAAAUAAAAAGCAAAAUGCCAAUCCAUAACUAAGUAUCCAUUCGAUUAAUAAACGGUUUCUACUUCGAAUAUUACUUUUACAAUCAAUUACUUUGGUUGCGUGAACUUGAUCAAAAUUGCUGUCGAAAGUCGGGUCAGUCGUUAAAUAUAUAGUGGUAUUAUCAUAAAAAUCAAAAAUAA